AUGCCAUGUGUACGGUCGAUAUCCACCAAUAAUCUCCACUGCUCUAUAAAUUUGGCUACUGGUUCACCUGUGAAUGUCGCUCUACACACGUUAUUCGCUUCUCGUCUGCUUUGGAAAAUACCUUGGAAGUUCACUGAGCUUGCUUUUUACGGGAAGAAAAUGUCUUGCUGCAAUGGAAACUGUGGCUGUGGCUCUAGCUGCAAGUGCGGCAGUGGCUGCAACGGAUGCGGUAUGUACCCUGACUUGAGUUACUCCGAGGCGACAACCACUGAAACCCUUGUUCUUGGAGUUGCCCCCAAGAAGAAAUAUUUCGAGGGUUCUGAGUCUGAAAUGGGUGUCGUCGCUGCAGAGAACGGAUGCAAGUGCGGUGCUAAUUGCACUUGCAAUCCGUGCAACUGCAAAUGA